AUGGAGGUGCAUGGGCUUGCUGAGUAUAGGUGGCUUCAGUUGAUGUUUAAGUUACAUGCAUUUUGUAUUCCUGCUUUUUUUCGGGACUUACCUAUGAGUGGUUUCGUGCGAACUACGUCUCGGUCCGAAUCCCAAAAUAGUUCAUUUGGAGGCUGUACUAAUUGCCAUGCAAGCUUAGUGGAGUUUUUUAUUCACUUUGAAGGUGCGAUUGGUAGUCAAAGGCAUAAGCAGGCUAAGCUCGAUGCUGCAUGUGAGGGAUAUUUGCCCGUGGUUAAGACGCCUUUGGUAAUUGAGCGUUAUGCUGCUGCCGUUUAUACCAUUACUAUUUUCUAUGACGUGCAGGCAGAGAUUGUUGUUGGUUGCUUUGAGUGCUGUGUUUUGUCGUUUGCGGUAGAUGGUGAUGUAAAAUGCGUUGAAGUAGAGGGGGCAAAUGGUGUUGUGUGUGUUGUUGUCUUUCAUAUGGCUGAAACUACUGCUUCUUGUUCGUGUUGGAUGUUUGAGCGUGUUGGGUUGCUUUGUAGGCAUAUUUUUCUUGUUUUGAAGGAUGCUCGUGUAGACUCCAUUUUGGCGUGCUACGUUGUCUCUCGGUGGACAUGUAAUGCGUACAAGCGUCCGAUUUAUGAUAUAGAUGGUGUGCACGAAGCUUCUGCUUUGCGUGGGAACUCUAGCAAGGGCGCCAUGAAGGAGGUUUGGAAUGAUUUUUAUAGUUGCGUUGCACUUGCUGGGGAUAACCCCGAUCAUGUAUCGGAGUUGUCUCGUAUUUUGAAGGAGUUGAAACUGUCAUUUAUGGAUGUGGACAGUACUUUGGGUUCGUCGGUGGGUAAGCCUGGUGUUAUUCAUUCCUUUGGUGGUGUGCUUGCGUCUUCAGAGAUUAUUGUCCACCCUCCUACUAUUGCUAAGAAUAAGGGGUCUGGGAAGCGGUUCAAAACUGCAAAAGAGCUUGCUCUGGAGAAAGCCGCGCAAUUUACUCGUGAGUGCGCCACGUAUCAUAAAUGCAAUGGCCAUGACAGCCGUAACUGCCCAUUAAAUCCAAAAUCAAAGUCAAAUGUCCAGGUACAGUCGAAGGCAAAGGCAAAGUCCAAGGCCAAUGCGUAG